UAGGAAUAAAAUUCUGGACUGGAUGAGCCCUUGGACUUAUCCAGUGUGGCCUUUCUUAUGGCCUUUGAUCUCAUUCAGCAUGGUGAUCCUGAUAAUUUUCAGAUGCUCUCAGGAUUACUGUUGGAGUGCUGUGCUGUGCUUUGCUUCCAUACAACUAUAUUCUCAAUGGUUAUACGACGUUAUUGUAGUCUCUGGCUUAAGUGGCUUUAAGCUUGUAUUAUACGAAUUCAUGGAACUAAGUAGAUCUGUCAGUGGCUAUGAUAGAUAAAUUAGCCUUAUAUUUAACAAGUCUCAGGGUUGCAGAAAGCGAUCAGGAAUUCCAUGCAGGCAGCUGAACAGGCUGUGGGGACAAAUCCACCAGCCCUUCUUCUGCAGCCACACAAACACCUCUGCCGACCUCCUUGGUGAAAAGCAGUUCCUUCGCUACCUCAUACCCCACUGCUUAAAAGCUUAUAGCCUGCAUUUCCUUUUCAGGAUCAUUCCAAAGGCAGCAUGAGAAUAUACGCUGCUGGCCGCCUUAGCAGGCUAGAAGAAGAAUAUUUGCUGGCUGGAUGGACCGCAUGACGGAGGACGCCCUGCGCCUGAACCUCUUGAAGCGGAGCCUGGACCAGGCCGAUGAGCGGGAUGACGUCCUGGCCAAGCGGCUGAAAAUGGAGGGCCACGAAGCCAUGGAACGCCUAAAGAUGCUGGCGCUGCUCAAGCGGAAGGACCUAGCGGGCAUCGAGGUGCCCCACGAGCUGCCUGUCAAGCAGGACAGCCUGAAAGUCUACGAGGAGAAGCUGAACGGGAACCUGCGGCCCCACCCGGACAGCCGGUCUUCGGGGCGGCCGGGCAAGGAGAACAUAAACGAUGAGCCUGUGGACAUGAGUGCGAAGAGAAGCAGCGACCAGGACAGGGGGCGGCUCACCCCCUCGCCAGAUAUCAUUGUCCUUUCUGAUAAUGAGGCCUCCAGUCCCCGCUCCAAUUCCCGCAUGGAAGAGAGACUUAAGGCUGCCAAUCUGGAGAUGUUCAAAGGAAAAGGCAUAGAGGAAAGGCAGCAGCUCAUCAAACAGCUCCGGGACGAGCUGCGGUUGGAGGAGGCACGGCUGGUGCUGUUGAAGAAGCUACGGCAGAGCCAGCUGCAGAAAGAGAACGUGGUACAGAAGACUCCCGUUGUCCAAAACGCAGCCUCUAUUGUCCAGCCAUCUCCUGCCCAUGUCGGACAGCAGGCUCUGUCCAAAAUUCCCUCCAGGCCUGGAGCUCAAGGGGUUGAGCCCCAAAACCUCCGGACAUUACAGGGUCACAGCGUCAUCCGGUCAGCCACCAACACGGCCCUUCCCCACAUGCUUAUGUCUCAGCGUGUGGUUGCGCCGAACCCCACCCAGCUGCAGGGGCAGCGCAUCCCCCCGAAAGCAGGCCUCAUCCGCACCACCACUCCGAGCAUGAGCCCCGCCAUCAGCUACCAGCCGCAGUCCAGCUCAGCGGUCCCCUGCCAGCGCACCACGUCCUCUGCCAUCUACAUGAACCUUGCCUCCCACAUCCAGCCGGGCACGGUGAACCGGGUCUCCUCGCCACUGCCGAGCCCCAGCGCACUCAAUGACGCCGCCAACUCCCAGGCGGCCGCCAAGCUCGCCUUGCGCAAGCAACUGGAAAAGACCCUCCUGGAGAUCCCGCCCCCAAAGCCACCGGCCCCUUUGCUCCACUUCCUGCCCAGUGCGGCCAACAGCGAGUUCAUCUACAUGGUGGGCCUGGAGGAGGUGGUGCAGAGUGUCAUCGACAGCCAAGGCAAGGGCUGCGCCUCCCUCUUGCGAGUGGAGCCGUUUGUCUGCGCCCAGUGCCGCACGGACUUCACCCCACACUGGAAGCAGGAGAAGAACGGCAAGAUUCUCUGUGAGCAGUGCAUGACCUCCAACCAGAAGAAGGCGCUCAAGGCCGAGCACACCAACCGGCUGAAGAACGCCUUCGUCAAAGCUCUGCAGCAGGAGCAGGAGAUAGAGCAGCGGCUCCAGCAGCAGGCAGCCUUGUCGCCGACCACCGCUCCCGCCAGCGUGUCCAGCGUCAGCAAACAGGAGAGCAUCAUGCGACACCACACACUCCGCCAGGCACCCCAGCCCCAGAACACCCUGCAGCGUGGCAUCCCCACCUCGGCCCGUUCCAUGCUGUCCAACUUCGCGCAGGCCCCCCAGCUCUCCGUCGCAGGGGGCCUCCUCGGCAUGCCAGGUGUCAACAUCGCCUACCUGAACGCUGGGAUUGGGGGCCACAAAGCAUCAAGUCUGGCGGACCGGCAGCGGGAGUAUCUUUUAGAUAUGAUCCCGCCGCGCUCUAUAUCGCAGUCCAUCAGUGGGCAGAAAUAACGCCAGCCGCGCCCUCCCCUUUCCUUCCCUGCAGCCCCCACCCCGGCCCAGCCCCCUCAUCCAUCGCAUGCAGUGCCUGUACUGGUGCCCACCAUAUGUGGAGGAAAAGACAAAAAAAAGUAAAAAAAAGAAGAAAACGAAACAAAACUAAACAAAGAAACAAAAAAAGACCAGAACAUUUCACAACUUCAGCAACCUCCCCUCAUCCGGAACCAUCUCCCUCUUUCUCUCUCUCUUCUCUGGAUUUCGUUAACGGGGAGAGGCCCGGCCCACCCAGCCCAAGGUUGGAACGCAUCUGCUUGGACCCUGCACUAUACGCGUUAACGCUUGUUUUCCACUCCUUUUGUUUUGCUUUUUACUUUGUAAUUUUUAAUUGUUGUGUCCUCUUAUUUUUAAUAUUCCCCUUUUGCUUAAAUGGACGGUUGCCCUGCUCCUCACCGUCGCUUCGUUUGGCUUUUUUUUUUUUUUAAGCGUCAUCUUGGAAAUAUUAACACUUCCAGAGGGUCCCUGGUGUUCUCUCCUGCCUUCAGCCAGAGCAGUAUUGAGGCCGGGGGAAGGGGCCACCCCCACCCCCAUGUGGGCACGUCUGAGCAUCUCACCCACAGGGCGGUGGCCGCAGUUGGCCGCGUCUCGCCGCCCAGCCCUGGACCAGAGAGGGGGCGAGGGCCCUGUCCUCUGCCAGGAAGGGGGCCGUGCAUGCUUCCGUCUGGAGGGCGCCAGCCAAGGUCGGCGCCGGCCAUUUUUCUCCCAGGACGCCAUGCUCGGGACAGGAGGCCAUCGGUGAAAGGGGCGUGGCGCCGUGGGCUCUCAAACGCACUUUUGUCCCUGCUCCUCCACCUGCCGGCUGCUCCCCGGCCCCACCACCAGGCCCAGGGGAGCUGCCGGCCCCACCUUUGCGCCCCGAAGAGUCGCGCCGCAGCCGCGGGAAAGGUCACCCAGCAGUGGCGGGCAGCCCACCGGGCAAGGCGAGCAGAGAGCGACGUGCCAGCAGCCGGAGCAGCUCACACCCCGCAGACCUCGCGCCCGCCCAGCCCGUCCACCUUCGCCCGCCCGCCCGCCCGCGGUGGGGUGGGUCCAGGGAGCUCCACACGAGGCCCGGCCGCUGAGCGAGGAAGGCGCCUCCUUGGCCUCCUCUGCCACCGCCAGCACGUGUGGGAGCGGGCAGGUGGCCCGUGGUCGGACCUGGAGGCAUUUACCCGGCGUCGGUCGCACCGCUGAACGGCUCGGUCGCAGCCCGGGCUGCUGCAGAGACUCCGCAAGGUUUAUCCGCCGCAUUUUAUUUUCAGCACGGCGCCUGUCUUCUCUGCUCCAUACCCUGCGGCCCAAGGAGUGGAGGGUGUGCUCGUCGCAGUGUAGGGCUCCCCUUCCUCCUCUGCUUCCUCGCCAGCCACCCGCCUCCUCAAGAAGCAUCCACCCAAGAAGCAGCAGCCACAGCUCCCUGGCCCGAGGUUCCCUCCGGAAGCCGCCUGGCACCCGUGACACGCACUUGCUCCCCUGCCUCCGUCCACUGAGCACUUACAUUUUGCAGGAGGCGGAAGGGACGCUGGUGCGUGUGCCCGCCCAGUGCUCCUUCAAACCUAGUGACUGGUCGACGCGGCCUUUCCCAACCGGGUGCUCUCCAGAUAUGUCCCAUGGCAACUCCCAGCGUCCCCCAGCCAGCGGGGUGUUGUAGUCCCACACGCCCGGAGGGCAUCUGGCCCCGGAAGGCUGGGCUUGCGCUGCGGGCGCGUGGCGGCGCGUGUACAGGCAGAUGUGUGGCUCUAUCGGCGCGUCCGCGUGGGCCCCGCCGCCCAGUGUCCGCGUUUCUCCAGGAAAGCGUCUUCACGUGUCUGUCCCCUGCAGCGCCUGGCUUGGCUGCAGCUGCGAUGGCCUUCUCCUCCAAAAGGUUACGUUGCGUCUUAAGUCAUCCCCUCUGCUGACCCGGCACAACACUCACGAGCAGCUUUCUCUCUCCACGAGUAACUCGGACCGCUUUCCGGAACUUGGCUGAUGGUCUCCAGCCCCUGCCCCACCUCCCUUUUAACCAAAGCCCAAGUGCCAUGGACCGCCCCAGCCCCCUGGAAAUCAGGCCUUGCCAAGAAUCCCAGCACCACCCCCAUCUUGGUUACAAUUAGGGCUUUGUUCUUUUUGGUAUGAUAUGGUAUUUUUUACUUGUUCGUUUGGUGUGUUUGUUUGUUUUAAAGAAAAAGACGAUGGUGAUGACGACGACGAUGACGACGUUAAGACAUGUGCAAUAAUUUUUGCCUCCAUUGUAACGGCCGAGGCAGAGGCUUUGACAGCGAAUUCUGAACGGUAGCAGGCCAGACAGUGCUUUGGGGACGGGGGUGGGGGGGUGGGCAGGGGUCCGGCAGGCUCCCCCAUCCCAGUCCGGAGCGUGGGUUUCAUCACUGGGGCACGUUCCGUGUUUCUCCCGCUUGCUUCCUUCCCCUCCUCUCGGGUUUUGCAGUUGAGGGUCAGCUGGCCAGAAAUUCAUCCUCCCCCCGCAGCCCACUCUCUGACAUCAGUGGGUCGGCUGGAAGGACGGAGCAAAUGGCUCGCGGUUCACAUGCCCCUGCAGCGGGAGGGGAGAGCACGGCUCCGUUGGCCUCGCCAGGGCUCAAGCUGGUGUGUAGGAAGGAGAAUUCUUCCGGGGGCAGUUCUGUUGCCCCCACCCUGGGGGGAGGGGGUCGUGCUCGCCCACGGGCCGUGCCCCCUCGGGGAGCGGCGUGCAGUGCUGCUCGAGCAGAGAGCAGGAGGGGGCCCCUUUGCACUUGCGCCCAGAGGUGGAACUUGCUCAGGUGUAACAGGUGUGUGUGAGCGUGCGCGUCCCCCGCAUCCCCCUCCUCACACACAGCGACACCCCACUCUGGGACCUGGCUUUGUCUGGGGGAGCCACAGACCCCCCCCACUCCGUUAAUGGCUCUUCCCAGUGGCCCCCUUUCCCAAAACAGACUCGGAAGACUUCCCGCCCUCUCCCCCUGCCCUCUGCUUUCUCUCUCUGCUUUUUUGGAUGUCCUUUCAAUAAAUUUUAUAAAAUGGUACAGAAUUAAGGGUUUCCUUUCCCAGCUUCCGUUUUGCCUUUCUUUUACAGCUUGGUUGUAGAUGCUUUGUGGUUGAUGCUGUUUUAUUUUGUUCUAUUAUUAUUUUUUUAAUCUGUGUUCCCCCCAGGAAAAAAAGAAGCACACCUUGUGUGCCCUUUUCCCUCAGCCUCCAUUCCUGGUCCCUUUUUUUUUUUCCCCCUUCCCCCAUUCUUGCGCUCCCUCUUCCAGACGGGAUUUUCUUCGCUUAACAGUACUUGCUGCCGAAACUAUAACAAGGACUCCUUCGUUGUAUAUAAGCUAUUUCUUGACACAUUUAAAAAAAAACAAACAAACAAAAAAAUAAGGUUGAGGAGAAAACCCUCUGAUACAAACCGGAAAUUGUACAUUGUGUAGAGAAAACAAAACGACGAAAAAAAAGACAGCUUAGCCAUGAAUAUUGUGAAAGUUGUUAACGUCCUUUUGUAGUGUGAACUUUUGUGUAUGACAUUAAAAUGUGCAAAAGGCGGUUUCCUGGAAACCGGCGGGGCGGGCAGGUGGCUCUUGUGGGGAGGCUAUGCAGCUUAUGUCACACACUCCACCCCCCAAGCCCUCUCCCCCCCAAACGCCGAAAAGAACUCGGUGUAGCCCUCCUUCUCCCACCCACCACAAAGGUGCCUUUUCUUCCUCUUUUGAGAGACAGGGAGACGCCCCCCCCCGCCCCGCACGCUACCAGCUCACACAGCUCGGGCGGAACCUGGGGGCCUUGGACCUCUUUCCCUGCCCCGGCCCCCUCGAGCACUCAUUGGCGUCCAAAGGGGGUGACCCUUUGCUUCUCCCCCAGGGCAGGGGGUGAGCAACGUAAGUAUUAAUCUUAUUAUUAAACUGUAUAUAUAUUUGCACUGUUUAUAAGGAAUUGCUUUAGCUUUGGGACAAUAUAUGUUUCUUUUGGCAUUUAGCAGCAGGCUUCCUUGGGCAGAUGGGACGAGCCCACAGCGGGCAGGUGGAGUCCCCUGUAGCGAUUUUUCUAAGGGGGGCCCCCUCUCUGCACUGUUUGACCCACCACCUGUUGGCCACCAGGCACGUCUCGGCUCCUCUCCGUCAUUCCUGGCUGCAGCCUUUUCCACCUCUGAUUCUUUCCCUCCUGCUUGGGAUCUCCCCUUUCCCUCCCGGGGGAAAUGUCAGCUUUCUGUAGUUCCGAAGGCAUGCGGGAUCACCCCCUAGUUAGGGCUGCUGUUGGUAUUUCCACUCACCCACCCACCCUGAUAGGCGCUCAGGAUUUGGCUUCCUCGUUAUCUCUGCUUUUCUGUGUUCUGUUUUUAAACAAAGCAUCUCUCCUGCCGGCGUAUGGGCAACUUCUGUGACAAGUUACCGCAGUUCAGGUUGGUCACCGUCUGUGUUUUGUGUGGCCAUCCCCUUCAUAACGGGCUCCGUUAAGUAGGCAGAGGCGCAUCUUGCACCGCGGAACACCAGUGGUCGGACCAUUCGGACCCAUCAGCACAGCGCUCGAAUGUCUGAUGUAAGAGGCGCUCCUUUUCAGUUGCCCUGUGGGACAAAAACCACCGUAGGCUCCCUUGGAGGGGCAUUUUUGUGCUGCCUUGGACACCCACUGGGCGCGAGGAAACCUGUGUUUUUGUCUGGUCCUUCAGACCUCUUCUAGGAAGGACGGACUGUGAGAACAUUGUAAGCAGCCUUCGCCUUGCAGAGUUGAAAUUUCCUUCUUCCACCCUGUCAGAAGAGCCCAUGCUCAGCCUUUAGGGACCCUCCUCCCACCUUAACAGCAUGCCAGGUCCCCUUUUGAAAUUAGCCCUACGGUCAUCUUGGCAGUCGGGCCAAGAUGGCACCAUUUCACCGUUCGCUGCAGCCCGUCUUGGAGCCUCCCUGACCCGUGAGGCUUCCUGCAUUUUUGGAGAAUGUGUCAGGAACCAAGAGGAGGCACCUGGCUGAGGUACUUCUGAGAGGCUCUACUCCUUUUGGCACCAGCAUCUCGUGCAGCAUUUCGGCAUCUUGAGAAGUUUGCAUCUUGCUCGUUUUUAAUACCUGUGGUCAAAUUUCUAGUCCUCGUGACAGUUGUAUGUUCAAGAAGGCACCCACGGCAGGGGCUGUCAUUUUAGCCUCCAGCACGUGUGUGCGUGUGUGCGUGCGUGCGUGUGCACAUCCGUCAUGGCUUGUCACGCAACUCCACAGCCCCUUCAUCCCUGCCACCAGUUUUUUCCCUUUAAACCAAUAACCCUAGGCUUCUAAGAAAAGGCUACACCUCUUCAUCAAAGAUGGUUUGGAACUAGCAAACGGUUGGAGUUGAAGAAGGCAUCCUGUGUGGAGCCUCAGGGGUCCACCUGUGUGCAGGCGUCUUUGCCCGGCCCCUGAGAAUGGCCCGGAGGAGCCAGCUUGGCGAUCUGUGCCCCUCCCUCAGCCAAAGCCGCUAGCCACCUGGCUAUAGCCCAAAGGCUCCCCUGGCCCAGUCCAGCCCCCCAGAUGUGGGUUCCAGCACUUAUCGCUGCCCAGUCCGUGCUCCUUCACUCCCCAUGCCCCUGCCCUUAUAAAAUAUUGCCCACCGAAACAGGAUCUUCUUGGCCACCUUUGGAGUCUUCAGCUGUGCUGUGCGUGGAGUGGGGCAAGCUUCGGCCCGCACGCUUCCCCCGCCUGGGAAAAGGGAUCGCGCCUUUCCUUUGGUUCCCAGUGAGUUCCCGCUCCGGAGACUUUCCCUCUUGGCUUCGUGCCCCCACGGCCCUUUUCUAUGCAGCUUGGCAGCCUCCCCCACCUCUCUGCCCUGCCCCCCUUGCCCUGGGUGGGGCCUCGACCCCAAAGCGCGCCGUUGCUUGCCAAAGGGCCUGCCCGGGUCUUGACAACCGGCCGCCACUUCCUACAGGGCCCAUCUCCCCACUUGGCCUUCCCUCUUGCCCCUCCAUGCUGGACCGCCUCCUCCCAUCGGAAGGCUUUGGCAUCAUGGGUUUGCCCCUCAGGCUGUUACAGGUGAAACACAGGCACUGGUAAGGAUGGCUGUGAUUCUGGGGGCAGGACCACAGUUCGGUUUGUGUCACAACCCGAUAUCUUACAUGGGCAGAGCGCAUGCCAGCACUGGCUCUCUCUGUUGAGGGUGUCUUUGGGCCAAGAGCCUGUGAAAGCGGCCCCAGCCCACAAUCAAAGGAAGAAUGCUGCCCCUCCUUCCCACAAACCUUUGGCAAGAUCCUCCCUCAGCCUUCAGUUUUCCUGCCUGCUCACAGCAUUCAGUGCCCGUGUGUGCUAGGCAUGGAGUGUUCAGACUGAAUUGCAAAGCUGGGCUCCGUCCGGGAUCUCGGCACCACCACACUGGGGGUGGGAAGAGAGCCGAGUUUAGAUAUUUUGGAGGAGGGAGGGGUAGUGGCCUGGGUGGGGGGAGGUUUCAGCUGAAGUCUUGGAAAGGAAGGAAGGGUGGCUCGGAUGGGAAACCAGACCUUUUGCACAAUUUUAAGAGGGCUUUUUAUUUUUAUUUUCCGCAUUGUGUUUUUGAAUCUGGUUUAAAAGGAGAAGAAGAAGAAGAAAAGCUGUUUAAAUAUUGCCAAUUGAUUAUGCAGUGACCUGAUUAAAAAAAAUAAUAAUAAGCUAAUUUUUGGAGAAAAGAUUAAAAAAAACCUUUGUAAUAUUUAUCACUUGCAAGCUAUGUUUAAUAAAGAAAGGAAUGGUUUAUACAUUU